AUGUCAUCACACAUAACAUGCUUGCAGAGAACAGAUACAUUGUAUUACAAUGGUACAAUAACUUAUGAAUAUGAAUAUUCACUGGCGUCCUAUUAUUGUGGUAUUGCGAUUAUCACUUCACUUCAGAAUAAUUCGAUUCAAACUGUGCUGCAACGAUUUACUCUAGGUAUUGUAAAUAUCUAUCGUAACUUUGCUGUUAAUCGUUGUGGCUUUUCAACAACGAUGGAUAUUGGCUAUGGCAACUGCAGUCCAUAUUAUUUUCAAACGGCAACAUCAAUUCAGUUGUGUAUCUGCUCCACAAAUAACUGUAGCGAUACGUAUUCACUUUGUCAAGUAUCCGUCAAUCAGGUGCGUUCUUCGCCUCCACCAUCAAUACCUGUUCUCCAACCAACAUUAUCAAACAUAAUAACCUGUCAAGAUGCCUAUAUCAAUUAUUCUGCUACGCAGAAUAUUAUACCUCCUAUGUAUUUGGGCUGUCAUUUUAUGAUCCGUCUUGGUAAUCCAGAUUUUUCAAGAUGUUCUUCCUGUAGUCCUAAUCAUACUGUCAUAUGUGGUGUUUACUACAGUCCAUGGCAGGGCAGUUUUCAACAAGUGGCCAUGAUUGAAGGUGAUUAUGAAGUGUUGAUAUAUCUAGUAAUUUCAGCAGCAGCAUUCAGUAGUAACAGCAGCUCAGGUUAUUAUGCAUAUCAGACUUCUAGAAGUAUUGCGACAUUAUGGCCUCUUAGCUCCAAUGAAUACGGGGGACUUUGUCUUUGUACAACGAAUAAUUGUAAUACUGAUUUUGCCACAUGUACACAAGGUAUGAACAUACCUUCGUAUCUCCUGAGUUAUAAUGGAUCAACGUCACCAACGUCAUCGGUUUCGGCAGGAACCAAUUCAAGUAGUAUCACCAUAUCAUCUGGUUCAACAACAGCAAUUACAACAAGAACAGGAUCGACAGGUAGUUUUUCGAGUUCCAUCAUUACCAGCCUUUUAUCAUCGGCGACAACACCAAUAACCGCUUCAAUUACAGUUUCUACUACCAGCAUCGGAAACAGCAGCGUUUUAUCUAGUACCGUUACACGUAAAUUCUGA